ACUGAAACAAAAAGAACUGGCUGAGAAAAUGUCAAGCAUAAAUAGUUGAAUAUUAUUUUUGCGAUAUUGUUUACUUAUGUUAAAUUAUUCGGCUUGAAAUAUGGCGGCUACUAUAGAUGAAGAGUCCACAGCCAAGCCAGCUGUUACUAGCGAAGAAGAUCCACUUGCGGAAGAGCGACUGGGCUAUGUGCGUGAAGUAGGCUCGCAGGCUGUUUGGAGCUUGUCCUCCUGCAAACCAGGCUUUGGCGUCGAACGUUUGCGGGACAACAUAAUGGACACUUACUGGCAAUCCGACGGCCAACUGCCGCACCUGGUCAAUAUACAAUUCCAUAAGCGCACCAACAUCAGCCAGAUCUACAUAUAUACCGACUACAAGUUGGACGAGAGCUAUACGCCAUCGCGGAUCUCCAUACGCUCCGGCACCAAUUUCAAUGAUCUGCAGGAGCUUCAAGUCAUCGAUCUGACCGAACCCAAUGGCUGGGUGCAAAUACCCAUUAAGGAUGGCAACGUCAAGUCGCUGCGCACCUUUAUGCUGCAAAUCGCCGUCAUUUCCAAUCAUCAAAAUGGCCGCGACACUCACAUGCGCCAGAUUCGAGUCCACGCCCCCUGCGGAGGCGAGGGCAAGCACUAUCCCCUGGAGCUGUUCGGCAAGUUCGGAACGGUUGACUUUCAAAAGUUUGCUACCAUACGUUAAUAAAAAAAAAACAAUACUCAGA